AUGCUUCUGGAAAAUCCUGUGGACAUCGUCCACGUUGAUGCGAGGCAAGUCUUGAAGACAACGGGUAGUGAAGAUGUCAGUGUCCAGGUGAGCUCAGUUCCAGCCUCUCUGGUUCCCUACAGUCUGUCCUUUUCUGCCAGAGUGUCCUCUCCUCGUCCAGUCUUUAAAGUCGAGUCCAGUGGUUCCCUGGAGCCUCUUCAGUACCUCAACACUGAUCAGACACAGGCCGUGGUUAAGUUGGCUGCAGGACACAAGUUUGACAGAGAUGUUGAGCUGCUGGUUUAUUACAAAGAUGCCCACCAGCCCACUGCUGUGGUGGAGGCAGGACAGGCCUCUGCAAAGCCUGGUACUCUGAUGGGUGAUCCAGUGGGGAUGGUGAGCCUGUACCCUGAGUUCCCCCAGUCUGUGAUGUCCUCACUCGCCUCAUGUGGGGAGUUUGUGUUCUCAUUGGAUGGAUGGGGAAGUAUGGACGAUCCCAUGAAUAACAGCAAGCAGGAAGAAACUUGCAUCAGCAGUGCAAGGGUAUUCAACAAGUGUAAACUCAGUCAUAGAAACACUCAUAUCUGUCUCAGCAAAUUAUCAUGA